AUGGAGGGGGUUGGUGGAAGUGGAAGCGGAAGUGGAGGAGGUACUGCAUCAUCAUGUAAUUUCUCCUUUGGAAAUAACAACAGUGCAGCAGCAGCAGCAGCAGCAGCUGGGUCGUUGUGUCUUCCAUUCCCUCCUCCUGCUACCGUCUCUAAUACUAGUUCAUAUAACAAUAAUAAUAACCUAAUUUUAGUAGAUCAUCAUCAUAGCACUACUACUGCCGCCAUGAUGAUGCUUGAUCAAGACAUUAAUAAUAUUGACGGAGGAGGAUCGUCAUCAUCUGCAGCAAGUUUAGGUUUCAUGUCUUGUUCUUCUUCUUCUUCUGUUAAUAAAGCAAAAAUCAUGGCUCAUCCUCAUUACCCUCGUCUCCUAUCCGCUUAUCUCAACUGUCAAAAGAUCGGAGCACCACCACAAGUAGUGGAAAAGCUGGAAGAAGCAUGUAGAGAUGGGGGAAUGAUGAAUAUAGUAGUGGGACUGGGACAAGAUCCAGGGCUGGAUCAGUUCAUGGAGGCUUACUGUGAGAUGCUUAUAAAAUACGAACAGGAACUCUCUAAACCCUUCAAAGAAGCCAUGCUGUUUCUCUCCCGAGUUGAAUCCCAGUUCAAACAAAUCUCCAUCUCUACCACUUCUUCUUCUUCUACUACUACUACCACUUCUCAUCAUCAUCAUCCUGCUGCCGCUGGUGGUGACGGAGGAAUGGACAAAAACGGUUCGUCUGAAGAAGAGGUGGAUGCAAAUAACAACCAGCAGCUGCUGGUUGAUCCCCAAGCUGAGGACCGGGAACUCAAGGGUCAGUUACUGCGCAAGUAUAGUGGUUAUUUAGGAAGUCUGAAGCAAGAGUUCAUGAAAAAGAGAAAGAAAGGAAAGUUACCAAAAGAAGCUCGCCAACAGUUGCUCGACUGGUGGACCAGACAUUAUAAAUGGCCAUACCCUUCGGAGGCUCAGAAAUUGGCACUGGCAGAGUCGACAGGACUAGAUCAGAAGCAGAUAAACAAUUGGUUCAUAAACCAAAGGAAGCGACACUGGAAGCCCUCUGAAGACAUGCAGUUUGUGGUGAUGGAUGCUUCUGCUGCUCAUCAUCAUCCUUAUUUCAUGGAAAACUUCCUCCUCGCAUCAGGGGGCGGGACUACUGCUUAUCCCAUGGAUGUUUCCUCGUUUCUCUAUGAUAAUCGAUCAUAGCCAGGUUUUGCAAUAAUUAAUAUGCAUCUGUCAUAAACCUUUCAUUAGCUACGCAGC